CAUUUAAAGAGAUAGAGAAAGAGACUUGGGAUAGUUUGUGUGGUUUCUGUGCCAUCACGUGCUCUUGAAGGCUCUGCCCCUUAGCGGAAGUACAAAGUGCAUCAGACCGGAAGUAUCGAGUGAGGAGCGGCCCUGAGUUGAACAUUUUCAGGCACGGAUACGCUUCCUGCUCUAGUUUCCUCCACCCUUUGUCCCGAGACGCCAGUCAGAGCCGGCUAAAUAUCCCGCAGUCAUGUCGUACGGAAGGACAGAGCAGCGCACCCCGCCAAAGGACUUCAGCAGCCUGAUCCAGACAUGCAGCUCCAACAUCCAAAAGAUCACACAGAACACGGCACAAAUCAAGAGCAUGGUAAACCAACUGGGAACAAAACAAGACACCAGUGACCUGCGGGAGAGACUUCAGCAGGUGCAGCACUACACAAACCAGCUGGCCAAGGAGACCAACAAACACCUGAAAGACCUCGGCUCACUCUCUCUGCCCGCCUCCCUGUCCGAACAGAGACAGCAGAAAAUCCAGAAGGACCGGCUGAUGAAUGAUUUCUCCGCAGCUCUCAACAACUUCCAGGCAGUGCAGCGUCGAGCCGCAGAGAAGGAGAAGGAGUCAGUGGCCAGAGCCCGAGCAGGGUCUCGACUCUCAGCUGAAGAUGGAGGUCAUGAAGAGCAGCUGGUCUCCUUUGAUAAUAAUGAUGAUUGGGGUAAGACCACCACUCAGACAGAGGACGUGGCCAUAACAGAGGAGGACCUGGAGCUCAUUAAAGAAAGAGAAACUGCCAUUCAACAACUUGAGUCGGACAUUUUGGAUGUGAAUCAGAUUUUCAAGGAUCUUGCAGUUAUGAUCCAUGAUCAGGGUGAAAUGAUAGAUAGCAUAGAGGCUAAUGUGGAGAGUGCAGAAGUGCAUGUGGAGAGAGGAGCUGAGCAACUCCAGAGAGCAGCUCAGUAUCAGCAAAAGUCUCGUAAGAAGAUGUGCAUCCUGGCAGUGGUCCUUGCCUUAUUGGUCUGUGUUAUCGCUCUUAUCAUCUGGGCGUCGACAAAGUGAAGAUUCUUCCUCCCCCUUCUCCUUUUUCUCUCACUUUAAUUUAUUUUCUCGCUCGCAAACCCAGUGCCAUCCACAUGGGAAGGAAGGGAGGUCAGAGGCUCUCAGCAGCACCUGUAGGUCCAUCUCUGUAGUUUUGCGGGGGUUAGAUACAGUAUGAAGUGGCUUAAGCGAAUGUAACAUUCCCUAGACUCUCCCCUCCGGACCUUUAGUUCAUAAUGAAGGAGGAUGAGCUCACGGAUGGGGUGGGAAAAAGAGAUAAAAGAUUUCAUUUUGAUAUAUUUCUAGCACUAACACUACUUUACAUUUCUUAAUAAAUCCAGGUUAUUUCAUUUUAUGAAUUUCAUUGGAUUGCGAUAAGAUGUAAAAAUGACAUUUUGAUGACUGAAGUUUUUUUUUUACAUCUUACUGUAAUGUAAUUUUGGCUUUAGAUGUUUUGUACAUUGUACAUUUCAACUCUUUCAGAUUUGUCAAGUCACUCCAAAGUUUAACAACAAACCGCUUAGAUGAGCUGCAAAAUUAAUUAAUACCUUAGACACCAUGUUAUUGAUACCGUAAACCAGUAGAUAAGUAGAACUGCAAAUAUGAAGCAGCAAUGAUACCUAAAGCUCAAACAUUUCUCAACUUCAGUUUCAGUACUGUUACUGGUGUUAACUGAUAGGUUUAUUAUACAGGUCUAUUGUAUGGUGGUCAUAUAGCUGUAAAUGUGUUGUAUAAGAACUCGUAAUCAAUAUUAUGGCUGAAAUUGAUUUGUAUAUUACAACAUUAAACGUCUGCACAGUACAUUUAAAAUGAUGUAAAAAAGAUUCGCACCCAUACUUUUAGAACAUGCAAAAAUGAUUGUCCUAUUUCUUUUUUUAAAAUUGAUUUAUAUGACUUCUAUGAGUACGUGAGUAAAGAAAUGUGUCUUAAUCAAA